ACCUACCUACCUAAUGCAUGAAGAAAUGUGAUGGGUUAUGGCGAACACUUAUUUUAGAAUCUGUUUAUAUUAAAUUAAAAAUGGUAUAUUAUUGCUGUGUAAAUGGCUGUAAUAAUAACAGUAAAAAGAGAGAUCCGAAUCAUGUAAUAUCAUACCACACAUUCCCGUCAAAUGCCGAUGUGAAACAGAAGUGGCUGCGAGCUAUCGGCCGUCCGAACUGGGAGCCUCCUAGCUACACACGUAUCUGCAGUGAUCAUUUCGACCAGGAGCUGAUUAACCAUGAUAGUCACCGAACAAGACUCAAGGAUGAUGCUUGCCCUAUUUAUAACUUACCGCCAAAUUCAAAUUUCGAGGCUUCGGACAUGGAAGUCUGCAGGAUAUGUUUGGAUACCGACUCUAAGCAGUACAGCCUGCAGAAUGGCUUGCUCAAAGACUGUUUGGAAUCCAUUAAUGGGCUCAAUGAUAAAUAUAACAUAGAAGGGCUACCACAAUAUGUGUGCUAUGUGUGUGCCGGACAACUAUUGAAAUGCUACAGACUAGUACAAAGAAGCUUGACAGUGCAGGCUACGCUACUAGAUAUAUUUGCUCAACAUGGCCAGAUCACUAAAUCACUAAUAAGAAAGCAAGACAGAGAACAAUUGAAUCUGAAAUCACCUUUAGUCCCCCACACAACCACACCAACAUAUCUGUUUGAAUUCAAAUAUGAUCAUGAGGAAAACUGUUCACAGCUCACCAAUAACGAAUUCAUUACCGAAUCUCUUGUACAAAAGACUGAAAUAAGAAAUAAUGAAUUAGAUAUUAAUAGUGAAUUUAAAGAGUUUGUUGAAUUAAAUGUUAAAGACGAAAUCAAAAGGGAAGUCAAAUGUGAAUAUUCCGAUAUUGGGAAUGAUGAUGAUAAUGAUGAAGAUUACAUAAGGAACGAUGAAUCAAACAGUGAUGCAGUUAGUGAUGAUAUAUGUUUAGCGAAGCUUAGUGAUAAGAAAUACAAAAAUAAUAUAAGUGAUAGUGAAAUAUUUGUGAAAGAAAUUUGUAUAGAUAAGGGUAAGAAGACAGAUAAAAGUGAAAAUAAGUCAAAAAGGAAGUCUACUCGUGUAACUCCAGAUGAACUCAGUUUGCAAGAACAUUUCAACAUUGUCAAUUUAUCUUUACAAGAGCAAAUCGAAGACUGGCAUAAGUUGAUAGAGGACCGACCUUGGAAGAAGGCGAGCAAGGGCAUAGUGUACACGUGUGAGAUUUGCCGCAAGAUAUUCGCGCACGUCACCACCUACCACGGUCAUCUCAAGUGUCACGAUCCGAGUCGAGGCGAUUUUGAGUGUUCAGUGUGUAAGCUGCGGUUCAAGAGUGAGUCGCUCAUGAGAACACACAUAAAGAGGACACACAGCAAGAAGUACUAUUGUAAAGUGUGUCCUAAAGUCAUUAAUAACGUGAACAUGGCAAAAAAGCACCAGAAGCGUCACUCGGGCCACGUGUACUCGUGCACGCGCUGCGCGUUCAGCACGCGGCACGCGUCGUGCCUGAGCGCGCACGCGCAGCGCCAGCACGCGCACGCGCUCGCCUGCGCGCGCUGCGGCCGCGCCUGUCUCAGUCGCCGCAGUCUGCGUCAGCACUGGGCUGUGGCGCACGGGGAUCUGUCUCAGGAGCCAGAUAGCAGCUCGAACUCGAACUCGUACCGGUGCGAGGAGUGCGAGCUGCAGUUCAGCUCCGAGGGCGCGCGCAGGGUGCACCUGCUCACGUCGGUGCAGCAUCGGAAGAAGGGAGACGCUGGUGUUGCAGCUCCAGACCCGUCACUGAACAAAACCUGCAAGUCCUGCGGGCUGGAGUUCCCGACCAAACAGGAGCUGCUGGCUCAUUGUCGGGAACAGCAUCCACGGUACAAGUACAAGAAGGUGUGGCGGCAACCCGGCGAUUCUUACCCGACUAACUGCGAAUUUUGCGGUGAGAGUGUGAAGUCCCGCUGGGAGCACUGGUGGCACGUGCGGCGGCGGCACCCGACGCUGAGCUCCGGCUACCGCCGCGUGUACACCGCCGUGUGCCACUCCUGCGGCAAGGGGUUCCAGAGUCAGACGAAGCUGCGCCUGCACGAGCUGCGGCACUCGCCGCCGCGUGUCGCGUGCGACACGUGCGGUCGCCUGUUCUACGACAAGUACGCGAUGCUGCGGCACGCGGCGACACACGACGACACGCGACCGCACCAGUGCGCACACUGCCCGAGGGCCUUCAAGGUCAAGGGCAAUCUGCAGCGACACGCCGUCGUUCACACAGGCGCGACGCCGUUCGAAUGCACAAUGUGCGACAAGAAGUUCAAGCACGCCACCAGUCUGACGGUCCACGUGCGGACAGUACAUUACAAACUGCCGCCCCCGCCUCGAAAGAAGCGGGGCCCGCGCCGUACUAGAAAUAAGAAUGAAAUGAACAGUGACAUGUGAAUAGUGUUAAUAAAUUGUAAUUUAU